GUCAGUCGCGUGCUACGGGCUGUUUUUGCAGACCCUGGCAAAAGGCUGCUGCAAAUGCACGGAGUGAUUCCCAAUCUGACUUUCGGCUUGUAUUACAUCCUCUUCUUCAAGUUUGUGCUAAGCUCCGCUGUGCUUGCGCGCACGGCCCAGGCGCAUAUUGAAGCACUGACGGGCAAAGUGUGUACCAUCUUCAAGAAGGAGCAAAAGGAAUUAAAGCGGGGCCAGAAGGACCGCAUUGAUGUGAACCAGAUGAAGAUGGCCCACCUCUAUGUAGUCCGUCUUGCCACCCAAAUAUUGCCCUGCCUUCGGUCAACCAGCGGACCAACGCUCGCCCUUGCUGUGUGCCACUGGGCCUACGGGUUUUCGCACAUGUGUACUUGGCUGAUCCUGGCAGAAGAGGACAAGAUGAUCCGUGAGGCGUCCUGCGUACUCUUCGAGAUGUUUGCCAUCCAUUUACCCAUGGGCCUCUUGUGCUUGCUGCCCUUUGCCGCAGUGUCCGACUCUUGUGACCAUUUGCAGGAGCGUUUGAACACCCU